UAAAAUCGUCAAUAGGACAAAAUUUUUCUCCGGCAGAGAAAAACAGCAAAGCAAGGCAGAGAAGGCUGCUCCUUCUUCUCUACACGCUUUGGAUUUUCCUUUUCAAUUUUUUCUGUUCAAAUUUUCUCGCAAUCCAAACAGCCUCUCAUCGACCUUCAUCUUUCUCUUCCGCGAACCCUACCUGUAUGUGGCUAUGGCUUCUAGGUUUUCAUGAAGCCGAAUUGGACUCCAUCUUUCUUCACUGACACAACUCUUCCGGAGCUUCUAUUGGUUGAAUUUUGAAUUCUUUCAGGCUCUGAGAAGAUUUCUCGUUUCUUAGUUCUUGGAACUCGAUCUUGCCUCCAAUUUGAUCGGGGAACAUGUCUCGAAAAUCCCAGGGGAUGAUUUCAUUACAAUCCAUUAAAUCCAUGCCAGCUAAUUCUCGGUUCAUGAUUCCGCAAGAAGCUGAAGCUUUGGAAGAGCCUUAUAAUCGGAAUGUGAAAAACAUGGAAGCUAGUUCGUUAGUUGAUGGCGAAAAUGGUGCUUCUGGAGUUGAUCGACUUCGAUCCAGUACGAACAAUAGUGACGUGCUGAAUGAGGAUUCACCGUAUAAUUUCAAUAUUAAAACAGUGGAAGAAAGACCCGCGCUGGAAGAUGGAGAAGAUGGUUCUAUGUCUUUACCUUCACCUUCAAAUUCGGCUUCACAUAGUGAAAGCAGGUGGGGUGACACAUCCUCCUACACGCCAAGGAAGAUGCAUCAAUCUUGGUUUAAACUUCCAAAUGGCGAUUGGGAUCUUGUAAAUAUACUGUCAACUACAGGAACAGAAUCAGUAGUUUCACUGACUGAAGGAAAGGUGUUAAAGGUGAAAGCUGAAAAUUUAAUUUCUGCAAAUCCAGAUAUCCUUGAUGGCGUUGAUGAUCUUAUGCAACUUAGCUAUCUAAAUGAACCUUCAGUGUUGUAUGAUCUUGAGUACAGAUAUAAUCAGGAUCUUAUAUAUACAAAAGCAGGGCCAGUUCUGGUUGCUAUCAAUCCUUUUAAGAAAGUUGACUUGUAUGGAAGUGAUUACAUUGAAGCAUACAAGCGCAAAACGGCUCAGAGCCCGCAUGUUUAUGCCAUUACAGAUACAGCCAUCAGAGAGAUGAUUCGAGAUGAAGUAAAUCAAUCAAUUGUAAUAAGCGGUGAAAGUGGAGCUGGAAAAACUGAAACAGCAAAGAUAGCAAUGCAAUAUUUGGCAGCCCUUGGCGGUGGAAGUGGAAUAGAGUUUGAGAUAUUGAAGACCAAUCCUAUCUUAGAAGCUUUUGGAAAUGCAAAAACUUCGAGAAAUGAUAACUCAAGCCGCUUCGGAAAAUUGAUUGAAAUCCAUUUUAGUGAAACUGGGAGAAUCACUGGUGCAAAUAUUCAAACUUUUUUGCUGGAAAAGUCGAGAGUUGUUCAAUGCACGGAGGGAGAAAGGUCAUACCACAUCUUUUAUCAACUUUGUAGUGGGGCUCCUCCUGAACUUAAAGAGAGGCUGAACUUGAGAAGAGCGGAAGAGUACAAAUAUCUCAGCCAGAGCAAUUGUUUUUCAAUAAAUAGAGUAAAUGAUGCUGAAGAGUUUCGUAUUGUCACGGAAGCAUUAAAUGUCGUCCAUAUCAGCAAAGAAGAUCAGCACAGCGUAUUUGCAAUGCUUGCUGCUGUGCUGUGGCUGGGAAAUGUUUCCUUUAGCGUGAUAGACAAUGAGAAUCAUGUGGAAGUCGUGGAAGAUGAAGGUUUACAGACUGUUGCUAAACUGAUUGAGUGUGAUAUUGAGGAGCUUAAACUAGCCUUAUCAACUCGAAAAAUGAGAUUUGGGAAUGACAGCAUUGUCCAAAAGCUUACUUUACCUCAGGCAAUUGACACUCGAGAUGCUUUGGCGAAGUCAAUUUAUGCUUGUUUGUUUGAGUGGUUGGUUGAACAAAUUAACAAAUCUCUUGCUGUAGGCAAAAGGCGAACGGGAAGAUCCAUCAGCAUUCUUGAUAUCUAUGGCUUUGAAUCAUUUGAUAGGAAUAGUUUGGAACAAUUCUGCAUUAACUAUGCAAAUGAGAGGUUACAGCAGCAUUUCAAUCGUCAUUUAUUUAAGCUCGAGCAGGAGGAAUAUAUUCAAGAUGGUAUCGACUGGGCAAAAGUUGAUUUUGACGACAACCAAGAUUGUCUCAGUCUGUUUGAAAAGAAACCUUUGGGAUUGUUGUCCCUGUUAGACGAGGAGUCUACUUUCCCAAAUGCCACAGAUAUGACCUUUGCAAACAAGCUGAAGCAGCAUUUGCGUCGUUCUUCUUCUUUUAGAGGAGAACGAGGGAAAGCCUUUACUGUCUGUCAUUAUGCAGGAGAGGUCACUUAUGAUACAACUGGUUUCCUGGAGAAAAACCGGGACUUGCUACAUUUAGAUUCUAUUCAACUCCUAUCCUCGUGCUCGUGCCAUCUCCCUCAGGCUUUUGCAUCCAACAUGCUAACUCAAUCGGAAAAGUCCAUUGGUGGCACUUCACAUAAGUCUGGUGGUGCAGAAUCCCAAAAACUGAGUGUUGCCAGAAAGUUUAAGGAUCAAUUAUUCCAAUUGAUACUCCGUCUUGAAAAUACGACACCUCAUUUCAUCCGUUGCAUCAAGCCCAACAAACUUCAGUCUCCUGGAUUGUAUGAGCAAGGACUUGUAUUACAACAGUUAAAAUGUUGUGGGGUCCUAGAAGUGGUACGAAUAUCACGAGCUGGAUUUCCUACUCGGAUGUCGCAUCAGAAAUUUUCUCGAAGGUAUGGUUUCCUUCUACAAGAAAGCCUUUCAUCGCAGGAUCCACUAAGCGUCUCAGUCGCAAUUCUUCAUCAAUUCAAUAUAUUGCCUGAAAUGUACCAAGUUGGCUAUACAAAAUUGUUUUUCCGAACUGGGCAGAUUGGAGUGCUUGAAGAUACAAGAAACCGCACCCUUCACGGAAUUCUCUGUGUUCAAAGCUGUUUUAGAGGGCACCUGGCUCGAUGCCACAUCAAAGAACUGAAAAAAGGGAUUUCCACUCUUCAGUCAUUUGUACGUGGGGAGAAAACCAGAAAAGAGUAUGCUAUCUUGUUACGAAGGCAUAGGGCUGCUAUUUCUAUUCAGAAGUAUCAGAAAGCCAGAAUUGCUAGAAAACGUUCGAAGGAGGUUUGUGAUGCAUCAGUCGUGAUACAAUCAGUUAUCCGUGGUUGGUUGGUAAGAGGAUGCUCCGGAAAUAUAGGAUUAAUGAGUCCUGGUGGUCUUUCGGAAAAUGGAUCAGGGGAUGUGCUUGUCAAGUCAUCAUUCCUUGCAGAAUUACAACGCCGUGUCAUGAAGGCCGAGGCUACUUUGAGAGAUAAAGAAGAAGAAAACGACAUCCUCCAUCAACGCGUUCAACAGUACGAAAACCGAUGGUCAGAGUAUGAACUGAAAAUGAAGUCAAUGGAAGAGAUGUGGCAGAAACAAAUGAGAUCCCUGCAAUCUAGCCUCUCCAUUGCAAAGAAAAGCUUAUCAGUUGAUGAUUCAGAUAGAAAUUACGACGCAUCAAUCAAUGCAAGCCACGAAAGAGGAUACAGUUGGGAAUUGGGUACCAACAACACAACUAAUGAAAUCAAUGGAGUAAGACCAAUGAAUGCAGGUCUCAGUGUCAUUAGCCGAUUAGCCGAAGAAUUCGACCAACGAAGUCAAGUCUUCGGCGAUGAUGCAAAGUUCUUAGUAGAGGUAAAAUCCGGUCAGGUUGAGGCAAGUAUCGACCCAGAUAGGGAAUUCAGAAGGCUGAAACAAAUGUUUGAUGCAUGGAAGAAAGAUUACGGGGGACGACUGCGCGAAACGAAAGUGAUUUUAAAUAAGAUCGGGAAUGACGGUGCCAUGGAUAGAGUGAAAAGGAAAUNAAUUAUUUACGUGAGGGACCAUUACGACUAA